UUCAAACCCUCUCACAUGUUGAUUUGAUGAUAAAGAAGUUAGAGAGAAUGAUUUCGACUUUUAAAAAACCACUUUAUGCUUCCCUCCUUUAUGCAGACAAGAAAAAAGGAAACAAAUUUCAUGAAAGAGAUAUCCAUUAGAGAGAGAUAAAUCUUGGAAGAACAAUCUCGCAUUCUCACUCUGCUCUUAUAAAAUCUCUCUCUUUCACCUUUAAAAAUCCCAAAGAGUCUGGAGAGUGAAUCAAAAUCGGAAGUAUUGUUAGAGAAAUGAGAAAGAUUCUUCAUCUUCUUCUUAUUCUUAAGGUCUCUGUUCUUGAAUUCAUCAUUAGUGUUUCUGCUUUUACCUCACCUGCUUCACAGCCUUCUCUUUCUCCUGUUUACACUUCCAUGGCUUCCUUCUCUCCAGGGAUCCAAAUGGGUAAAGGCCAAGAACACAAGUUAGAUGCACACAAGAAACUUCUAAUCGCUCUCAUAAUCACCUCAUCUUCUCUAGGACUAAUACUUCUAUUUUGUUUAUGCUUUUGGGUUUAUUGGUCUAAGAAAUCUCCCGAGAACAACAAGAACUCAGACGGUGAGAGUGGGAUAUCAUUAUCCAAGAAGGGUUUUGUGCAGUCCUUCGAUUACAAGACACUAGAGAAAGCAACAGGCGGUUUCAAAGACAGUAAUCUGGUAGGACGAGGCGGAUUCGGAGAUGUUUACAAGGCCUGUUUAGGCAACAACAACACUCUAGCAGCAGUCAAAAAGAUCGAAAACGUUUGUCAAGAAGCAAAACGAGAAUUUCAGAACGAAGUUGAUUUGUUGAGCAAGAUUCACCACCCGAACAUAAUCUCAUUGUUUGGAUAUGGAAAUGAAAUCAGCUCGAGUUUUAUCGUCUACGAGCUGAUGGAAAAUGGAUCCUUGGAUGCACAGUUACACGGACCUUCUCGGGGAUCGGCUUUAACGUGGCACAUGCGGAUGAAGAUUGCUCUUGAUACAGCAAGAGCUGUUGAGUAUCUCCACGAGCGUUGUCGUCCUCCGGUUAUCCACAGAGAUAUUAAGUCGUCAAAUAUUCUCCUUGAUUCUUCCUUCAACGCCAAGAUUUCGGAUUUCGGUCUUGCGGUAAUGGUGGGGACUCAAGGCAAGAACAACAUUAAACUAUCAGGGACACUUGGUUAUGUUGCUCCAGAAUAUCUACUAGAUGGAAAAUUGACCGAUAAGAGUGAUGUUUACGCGUUUGGGGUGGUUCUACUUGAACUUUUGCUAGGAAGACGGCCGGUUGAGAAAUUGAGUUCGGUUCAGUGCCAAUCUCUUGUCACUUGGGCAAUGCCUCAACUUACAGAUAGAUCAAAGCUUCCGAAAAUCGUGGAUCCGGUUAUCAAAGAUACAAUGGAUCAUAAGCACUUAUACCAGGUAGCAGCGGUGGCAGUGCUUUGCGUACAACCAGAACCGAGUUAUCGACCGUUGAUAACCGAUGUUCUUCACUCACUUGUUCCGUUGGUUCCGGUAGAGCUAGGAGGGACUCUCCGGUUAAUACCAUCGUCUUCUUAAAGAAAAUAUUUUUUUUUGCUUCUUUUUUGAAUUUUACAGUUUAAUCUCUGAUUGCUUGAGUAAUUUAAUUUGGGGGGUAAAAUAUUGUGAGGACAAAAGUUCCCAAGGGGUAUUCACUUCUCAUUAUUGUACUUGUAAAUUGAGUUAUCAUUUUUUUACACCAAGUAACUAUCCAAUAUUUAACAAA